AUGGCAACGCCGAGAUGGACCGCCGAGUGGCGGACCGACGUCCGCGCGCUGGUUUGUCGCCUGGAUGCGACGAGCGCCGACGUUGACGAGCUCCUCGUGGACCACUACAUCCGUAGCCUCCAUGCCCACAGCUACCUGGACGUGAACCCGAGCCAGGUCAAGCAGCGAGCAUGGGGUCUCAUCGAGACGCUCCAGUUCCACCACCGCGACCGCCACGCCGAGCGGCUCGCCGACGUCCUCUUUGGCUCGAGCGACGCAAAGAUGGGUCUGCAGAUCUCGCCCGAGAUCACGGCGGUGCUCUUGCACCUCGCGACCGCACCCACCGCGCUCACUGAGGCCGACCUCGAUGACAUUGAAGCGAUUCGGGUCGGCGGCGCAUCCCGACGGACAAUGGCCGACCAGGCACGCGCUCGCGCCAAAGAAGCCACGCGCGCGCUCGUCGAGGAUCUCAAGCAACUGACGUUGGAGGACGACUGGUUCCAGCACAGCGACGACGACGACGACGAGAGUGCGUGGUCCAACGACGAUCUUCCAUCAUCUGCGCCGACGCAGCCCGCACCGAUCAAGCGCCUCAACCUGCCGGUCGCGUCGUCGCCACUUCACGAUGCUUCUAGCGCCCGAGCGACGAGCAAUGAGGUUCCAGAGCUCACGCCACCGGAACCACCCGUCCCCACGCCCGAGACGUACGGCGUCCACAAACCCUGGCUCUUUUACCAGCAAUACCGCGAGACUCUGCACCAACUUAAACUCCCCGCACUUGCUCAGACGGUUGUUUCCGAAGCGGACCUCGUCGCCGAUGCGAUCGCCGCGCUUCUCGGUGUGCCGUCCACGACGUAUUCGCACUCUUGGACGCUGCCUUCUACAUGUCCCUACAUUGCCCGCCAAGGGUUCUGGGCAGAUAUGCAGCUCGUCCAGUUUGAGCUCAGCGCCGUCGGCCGUACGCUCGCCGUCUCGCAUCUGACGCCAAGCAGCUUGCACAAUCUGCUGCUCCGGUUCGCUUCGGCGGCGUCGUCCUUGCGCUUUCUCGAUGGUCUCGGGAUACAUUUGACGCGCCUCGAUGGCUGCUCGACGCUGCAAGGCUUUGGGCAUGCGCUGCAGCAGUGGGUACGCUCGUUUCGGCGCGCGCUCGUCUUCUACCAAGCCAAUGACACGUCGCCGACGUUGCUGGCGACGCUGACCGCCCACGACGCAUCGCUGGAAGAGCUCCGCUGGCUCUUUGAGUGGACGUCGACACUUCUCACCGAGGCGUUGGGCCAAGCGACGCCGAUGUUACCGGAUGUUACCGCCGCGCUCCUCAAUGGGAUCGCGCGGCUCCUCGAACAGUACUCGGUCCUGGGUCUACCGCGCCCGUAUGCACUGCUUUUGACCGUGUUCGAGUCGACGCUGCGACCGUACGUGCGUGCGCUCUACGACUACGUCCGCGGUCGCCCGUUGCCCGCCGACGUUGCGCUCACGUCGACCACGACGUCGGCGUUCGAGACCCUUUUGCUCGCGUCGAUCGGCGCAGCACCGACGACGGACGUCGCGCCGCCCGAUUUUCUGACGUCGGUCGUCGGUCUUUUGGUCGAAACGCACGCGUACGCUCGCCUCUCGAGCACGCUGCACGCUCCGCCGCCGUCGUUGCCGUCGUUGCCGGCACCGGUGCAGUCGACGCUCGGCGAGGCGCUUUUGCAUCACACGACGACCGCCUCUUCUUACCUCGUCAGCCUCCCGUCGACGCACGCGAGGACCCUUGGCAAGCGCAGUUCGCACCCUCCCGUACUCCCACCCAUUUGCUUUGAAGCGAUCUUGCACGAGCGCAUCGUGCUACCGCUGCACCGUCACUGCUUGGACCUCGGACACACGUUUGCGCGGCAGUUUGUGUCCGAGUACAAUCUCAUCGCGCACCUCGACACUCUGCGCUGGUUUGUGCUGCAGCAGCAGGCCGACGCUUCGAUCCACUUGACGUCACGACUUUUCAAGCAUUUAUUUUCCAACGUGCACCGAUCGCGCUGGCUCGAGCCGUAUACGCUCAACCUGCUGCUGCAAGAGACCUUUCUCCAUGCACCCGACAACUAUCGAGUCGACGCCUGCCUCGACGAGCUCUCGCUGCAGGUCGUCCCGACCACCGACGUCAGCGCCGUGCCGUCCAUCACGUGGUUCGAGCAAAUGGAGUUUUGCUAUGCGCCGCCGUCGCCGCUGCACCUCAUCUUUCGGGAGGAGACGAUCCGAAAGUACUCGGUCCUCGGUGUCUUCUUUCUCCAGCUCCAAGGCGUCGAGCGCUACGUCGUGCAGUUCAAGCACCAACUGCGACACCGUGUGGGCUAUUUCAUGGCCACGCAAGAGCUGCACGUGCACGUGUUGCGCCUGGCCGAGAUGCUCCAUUUUGUGGAGAGCAUUCACGGGUAUGCAGCCCGCGCGACGUCGGAAGAGCACUGGGAGGCUGUCAAAGCCGCCGUGACGAGUGCAAGCCGCGUCUCUGAAAUGAGCGAUGCGAUCGAUAGCUGCUUGCAGCGCAUGCUUGAGCGCUGCUUCCUCGGCAGCAACCAGCUUUCGAUCCACAAGUACAUUGUAUCGCUGCUGCACCACGUGGUCAACUAUGUCGUACACUUUGACGAGUGUUUGCGCGACCUCGAGCGAUCGUCCGAUGCAUCGGCCACCGACGUCUUGACGGCGCUUGCGGCCAAGUUUUCAUUGGGCCACCACUAUUUGCUGCUGAUUCUGCGCACCAUGUUCAAGACGGGGUCGGCGCCCCACUUGCAGCAUCUCAUGCUCGACCUCAACUUUAACGACCACUACGCCGAAGACGACGAGACGAGAGCAUAG